AUGCUAACAUUCUGUCCCGAGUGUGGAUGUGUGCUCCAAAUCGAGACCGGCGAGCAGUGUCAGCAGUUCUCGUGUUCGGCGUGUCCGUACGUCUGUCCGAUUGUCGCGACUAUCAGCAGUCGAAUCUAUCCGAAACUCAAGGAUAUCGAUGAUGUGCUGGGUGGACCGGGCGCCUGGGAGAAUGCACAAGUCACUGAUGAACGGUGUCCGCUGUGCUCUCACGAACGUGCGUACUUCAUGCAGCUGCAAACGCGCUCCGCCGACGAACCGAUGACCAUCUUCUAUCGGUGUGCCAACAAUUCGUGUGCUCAUCGCUGGAAGGAAUAA